AUGAGAAUAUGCUCACGUAGUCCGACGCGAUCUGUCCGUUCUCGUGACAGCACAUCUUCACAGGAGACAGGACCCGCAAGUCUCAUCAAGUAUUUCCCACCAAGCAUGGUCCCCGCUGCUGGAGAUAUGGAAAACUUCCUCAUCGACUUCUACAUCAGGGGCAUCUGCUCGGGUCGCACCGUUGCAACGCAGACGAAUGUGUAUACGUCGUUAUUACAGGUUGCGGAUACUUGCUUAAGCACACGCUACGCUAUCCUCAGUCUCUCAGCAUCAUACCUCUGCGAACAGAUUCCGAAAGACAAGGAUACCUAUCACCAAGCAGAACUGUAUUACUCCACGCAGGCACUUCAAGCUCUAGCAUCACAAAUUAGCGAUGGGCAUCACUAUGACGGUGCCCUGGCUACUAGCAUGUUACUGAUGCAUCACGGCUUGAUAAAUCAAGAUGACUCUCAUCUAUGCUGGUCUUGCCACGCCAACGUACUCGAUGCGAUUCCGCCAGAAGUCAUCAACCAUCACUCCGACCCCAUCAUGUUCCUGCACGCUCAGCUCAUCUUAGCACGCACGGCACAAACCUCUCGUCAAUUGAGCAACACUCGGCAACAUGCAUUCGAGACGACAAGCUGGUUAGACGGUAUGUCGCCAAGCGAUUCUUCGAAGAUUUCGACGACCCUUGGGGUCUCGCCUCAGCUACUAUUCUUCAUAUCGUCCACAACUUCACUUCCGACAGGACCUUACAGAAUGAACAAACUCAUGUACGCACAAGCACAAGAGCGACAACUUCAAGAACUGAAGCAGUGGAGUUCAGAGCCAGAUGGGCCGGAGAGGGAGGUUUUGCUCGCUACAGCAGAGGCUUUUCGCCUCGCCGCGCUCAUCUACCUACGCUGCCGCGUCUACGGGUAA